UUGGGCUUUGGAAAUUGGUGGAUGAAUUUGGUUUUGGGAUUUGAGCAUUGGGAUUUGGUGAGUUCUUCAGUUACCAUACAGUGACAGUCGUAGAUAGGACGGGAAGUUAUUAAAUCUUACGUGCAUUUUAUAAUUUGGACGUACCAAAAAUGAAUCCAAUUGCCCGUUGAACUAUUUGGUGUGACGAUGCAGAUUUGCUCUCGGCAAUUGCCGUCAAGGCCGUGAUCAUGAUUUCUAUUCAAAAUAACUACAAUUGCUACUGAAAGAAGCCAGGUUUCAACCUUUCCAUUUCUCGAUAUGUUUUCCUCUUCGAACGUUCCCGUGACCGAGGGGCUUCUCUACGAUUUUGAUGAUGAAGAAAACGCGCUCAAGUGGAAAGGAGUUUUUGUUGCCUCCCUGCAUAAGGUACUGAACCAGGUUCAUCCAACCCUAAAGGCCAAGGAUGAUGCACUGGAGUAUGUAGAAAGACUUAUCUUAAAGCUAUUGGGGAUGCUGUGUGCCAGACCACCACCUCACACAGUACAGGAUGUUGAGGAACGUGUGCAAAAGACUUUUCCCAAUCCAAUUGAUCGAUGGGCUAUCAGUGAGGCUCAGGCUGCACUUGAAAAGGGAAAGAAAAAAUCACCGAUUGUUCUUCCUGUGGAUAAAGUCCACAACUUACUGCAAAAGGAGGUUUUACAGUAUAAGGUGGACCACCAAGUAUCACUAUAUGUGGUAGCUGUGCUAGAAUAUAUUUCUGCUGAUAUGCUCAAGCUUGCCGGGAAUUAUGUCAAAAACAUUCGCCAUGUUAAGGUGGCGUCUCAAGAUAUCAAAGUGGCGAUGUGUGCUGAUAAGGUGUUGAUGGAUUUGUUCCAUCAAGACGACGACGAUCAGCUGUCAAUAGAAGAUGAACCGUUAACACCGAGCACAAGUGGCGUCCCCGGUGCAAUUGGUGGUACUGGCCUAUCAGGGGGACCGUCCCCAACAACUGUCACCUACGAUCAGGUUGUACGUGAUCUAAUCCAGGAGGAACGCCAGUACCUUCGAGAUCUUCAUUUGAUCAUGAAAGUGUUCCGUGAACAAUUGGCUACACUUGCACCACCACCAAGCCCGGCUGAGCUGGAUGCCAUAUUUUCCAAUAUUGAGGAGAUAUAUGAAUUAACGGUGACGCUUCUUGGCUCUUUGGAGGAUACUCUAGAAAUGGCCGAAGAACCUCAUCAGGCUACAGCACCGCCUGUGGGAAGUUGCUUUGAAGAGUUGGCAGAAGCAGCCGAAUUCGACGUCUAUGACCGAUACGCUAAGGAUGUUCUCUCACCCGCUUGUCGCGAAACUUUACAGGCGGUACUCUCUCGACCAGAUGUGGGUCAUUCGCUGCAAACAGGAGGCCACGGCUUCCGUGAAGCUGUUCGUUAUUAUCUACCAAAACUGCUUUUAACGCCGGUUUAUCAUUGUUUCACGUACUUUGACGUAGUACGCUUUCUUCAUCGGCUUAGUGUUAGUAAAGAAGAUCGAGAAAGUUUAGAGCAAGUGGAAGGACUGCUGAAGCCGCUCCAAGUUGAGCUGGAACGCCUUUUGUCGUUUUCGGGCGUUGGCGUCAAUCUUCCUAAACGCAAACCCAGCGAAACAGGCGGCAUUGGACCCGCAGGGCCUUUAGUCCGCACUGGUUUAUUAGGGGGCCCACGCAGUAGCAGGCCGGCCGCUCUUUGCAAGUUGCAGGAACUACAGCGUUCCAUCGACGGCUGGGAAUGCAAAGAAGCCGGUCCAGCUUGCAAUGAAUUCAUUUAUGAGGGCCAAAUCGGCAAAGUGGGGGCAGGAAAACGAUUAACAGAGCGUUACGCCUUCCUCUUCGACGGCCUUCUAUUGCUAUGUAAAGCCUCUGGCCAUGGCCGUCGCUCAUCUGCCGCUUCUCCCGGUGGUGAAUACCGCCUCAAGGAGAAGUUUUUUAUUAGAAAAGUUGAGAUUUUGGACCGGGAGGACACUGACGAUUUGCGUAACGCAUUCGAAGUAGCUCCCCGCCAACAGCCACAUUGUGUCCUUUCCGCGCGAACCGCUGAAGAAAAGGCAAAUUGGAUGGCGGCACUUGUCAUGCUCAACACCAAAUCCAUGCUAGAGCGGACUUUAGAUGUUAUCCUACUUGAUGAAGAGAGAAAACAUCCUUUACGAUUACCACCGCCUUCAAUCUAUCGUUUCGCUGAAGAAGAUUCAGAAACCAAUUUGGUGCUAGAAACGAGAGAAAAUGGAGGGGUACCCCUGAUUAAAGGUGCGACCCUUUUGAAGCUUGUUGAGAGACUGACGUACCAUAUGUACGCAGAUCCGAUGCUGGUCAGAACGUUCCUUACCACUUAUCGGAGCUUUUGCAGUCCGACUGAAUUGUUGGAAUUGUUGAUCGAACGUUUCGAAAUGCCCGAGCCCCCUUGGGAUGAAACUGGUGGUGGUCUUGUGGGCAAUAGUGGAUUAAGCGGACUCGGUGUCGAUAGCGGCAACAACGUGAAUGGGACGGUGGAAGAACCUGAUCUAUUGGAGCCGACGAGUCGUGAAGAUGUCAAGCGAUUCCGCAAACAGUACAUGCAGCCGGUUCAAUUCCGCGUCCUAAAUGUUCUUCGCCAUUGGGUCGAUCACCAUUUUUAUGAUUUUGAGCGUGAUCCUGGACUUCUUCAACGUCUUCAAGGAUUCUUGGAUGGUGUAGCGCGUGGCAAGUUUGUCCGCAAAUGGGUCGAAUCUAUCCACAAGAUUGUUGCCCGUCGUUUGGAAUGCUGCGGUCGUGGUGGACGAGGUAGUCAAGCCGAGGAGCAAAGAGAGAUUACGUUCGGUUUUGACCGAUCUCCACCGCCAAUCGAAUGGCACCUGAACUGCACUGAAGACGAAUGGGACUUGAUGACGCUCCAUCCGAUAGAAAUAGCCCGUCAACUAACGUUGCUCGAAUUCGACCUGUAUCGGGCUGUAAAGCCGUCCGAGUUGGUUGGCUCUGUGUGGACCAAAAAAGACAAGGAACAACGCUCCCCUAAUUUGCUGCGUAUGAUACACCAUACGACAAAUGUGACACGUUGGUUUGAAAAAACUAUUGUGGAAACGGCCAAUUUUGAGGAACGCUUGGCGGUCAUUUCUCGCAUUCUUGAAAUUCUCAUCGUUCUGCAAGAGCUCAACAACUUCAACGGAGUCAUCGAAGUGGUCAGCGCCAUGGGAUCGGCCUCUGUUCACCGACUGACAUUAUCUUUGCAGGCGAUUGGGCCUAAAUUGGAUAAGGCAUUGGAAGAGGCCAAAGAGCUGUCUGCUGACCAUUUCCGCAAGUACCAAGAAAAAUUGCGUUCCAUCAAUCCACCGUGCGUACCCUUUUUUGGCAUGUACUUGACAAACAUUUUGCACAUUGAGGAAGGGAAUCCGGACUUUUUGCCACGGCCCUCGCCGUCUUCCAAUCGCGAGGGAUUGAUUAAUUUUUCUAAGCGCCGUAAAGUGGCCGAAAUCACGUCAGAGAUCCAAACCUACCAAAACCAGCCAUACUGCCUAUCACUGGCACCAAGGAUUCGUCACUUCUUGGAAGUUCUAAAUCCAUUCGAAGAUCUAAACGAAACAGAAAUAAGCAAUUAUCUCUACCAGGCGAGCUUAGAGGUAGAACCGCGAGGUUGCAAACAGCCCAUUAAGGCUCCGCGCAAGUGGCCUGAUGCAAAACUCAAAUCGCCGGGCAUAAAACCGCGUUCGCAUCUUAGUCGACAUAUCCCGCAUCCACUUCCAUCCAUGUCUUUCUUCGCGUCCAAUCAGAGAUUGAGCGCAAUUAGUGGCAGCGAUGAUUCUUCUUCGCUACACAGUGACCAACGAAGCGGUGCCGGCAGCAGUUCGAUUGCGGGAUCAACUUCGAUUCACGAUCAUCCCAUAAUGGAGAGUAGUGGCAUGACGCGGGGAAACACGCCGACGACUCCAUCCACUCCGCUGACGCCGACAACUCAUCAAAAUAGUGAUAACUGUGUCUUUGCGCCUGUCCUCAUAGGAGGCGGCUUAGUCACGCCGUUGUCGGCCAGUUCGUUCAUCAGCCUGUCACCAGGUCCGCCGCCGCCCCCUUAUCCAGCGCCAACGAGGCCACUCUCUCCCCUGCCGCCACCUCUUCCACCUCGUCGGAAACGCGAGUCUUCGCUGGGUGACGUCUCACCCAAAGUCAAACAGGCACCUGAUGCGCCCACACUUCCUCCGAGAGAUUCUUCUCCUCCACCACCUCUUCCACCUCGCCGUGAUGUCUUAGCUAAUGCCGCCAACGGUUCAAAUGCCGUCAUUUCCGGCGCAGGAGCGACCCCGUUGUCGACGCUGCCGCGGGCCCAUUCCGUGGCUGCGCUUUCGUCCUCGUCAGCAACGUCUUCCGGGCGUACCGCUCCGACAUCGCCGCACAUUCCGCCGCGACCUCAUCAUCGUGAUUCACAUCAUCAUCCACAUCACCAUCCACCUCCUCCACCCCCUCAGCACCAUCCACCGCCGCUGCCGCUGCUCAAUUCCAACGAAACUUUCCAGAACCAUAGCGCCUUCCGUUUUCCCCCAGCACCUCCACCACCUUGCAACAACAUCAUGGGACUGGGUGAUCGCAAUGUUGCUGGUACUAAUGAAUUAGCAGGGGGAGGUGCUCCCAUGCCGCCCGCCCUAUCCCGGCGCCAUUCUGCCAUGGAUGUCAGCCCAUCCAUGUCAGCUACUGGUGUUCCCCUUUCUCCGUCGCCAUUCCAUCCUCACCUUGGAACCUCAACGGUAGGGCAAGCAGCAGCUCCUGCACCACCUCUUCCUAGUCUUAACCCACCUCCUUCUCCUCUUGUUCCAAUUCCACCUCGACGCUACUCAACGAUGCUGCAGCACAAUGGCUCCACCGGUGGUCCUACAAUUCACUCCCCACCUCUACUUCCCCCUCCACCAGCUGCAGUCGCUCCCUCAAUCAUGGCCGAGCCCCGAUCGACAUGUCGAUGAGUUACUCCCUUCAGCUUUCAAUUUUUUUUUUCUUUCCUUUGGUUUUUCUUCCUCAAUACCUGACAAGGUCUUCGUCUUUCGUGUUUGUUGCUAAUCUUUGUCUAACAACAUGCGCCGAGUUCUUUGGAUGUGUAUUUUUGUCAACUUUAAAUUUUUAUUUGAAAGGUUAAAAAUGAUCGAAGCGGCCAAUAAUCAAGUGGAAGUCUCGGAUGCUGUGAUCAUAUUCCCCCAUCCGAGGCCUGUUGUUUCUUUCCCCACUCUUUUGCAACCCUUGGUAUCGUCUGAUCGGACAACAACAAUUGUAAAAGGGAAAAUUGAAGUUCACUAGACACGCGUCAUGGAAACUUACAAUUGCUUAGAAUGACUUGUGCUUGGAUGAUGUUCCCAGCUUACUUUGUUUGUAUGUGAGUGUGUGUGUUUCUCUUACUUUCCAAUUAUAGCACUUGCUAUUCGCACAUAUUUGUUCAUAAUUACGUUGGUUUUCGGCCCCCCAGAAUCGGACUGUUUGUUCGUUAAUUAUCUAUGUACAGCCCUUAAUACGCAACCCUUUUCUUUUUUUUUGUUUUCUUUCUUUUUAAGUUGUAACCCCCCGUGUAACCUAACUAGAUUGCACUAACAAAUAUCCUUGUCGUCGUAUACUUACCCCCCAUCCCUUCCACCCUGAAUUAUUUUGUAAAAUGUAGCAAUUGUGUGGUGUUUAUUUUAUCUUGUGGAUUGAUUUCCUUUUAUACCUUAUAACGUAA